GAAAGCAGCAGAACAAACCCGAAACCACAACCAUACAACCAAGUGAGAGAAGGCCAAACCACAACACCAACACACCACAACACACCAACCACCGAAGGAGAGGAGGAGGAAACGACCAACUUGUUAGCUAUAUUCAACCACCAACUAUCGCGCGUAUUGAAGGAGACCAGACCACCGGAAGCGAGACCCGAAAUCGAGGGAAUCAGCAGUUUAGGGGGAGUGAGGGAUUCACAGCAACAACCCACUACAAGUGCUGGGAAUACUCACUUAUCCGCUCAUCUUAUCACCUUCAAAACCUAG